AUGCUGGGCAAGGAUUACAUGCUGGCCAUCAUUCUGGUCAACUGCGAUGAUGACUUGUGGGGGGACCAGAGUCUGGAGGGGGAGCCAGGUUUGCCCCCUGGCUGGAGGAAGAUCCGCGAUGCUGCAGGUACUUAUUAUUGGCAUGUACCCAGCGGUAGCACCCAGUGGCAGCGCCCAACCUGGGAGUCAGGAGAUGCAGAGGACCCAGGCACGAAGACGGAGGGAAUUUGGGGACUUCGGCCCCCCAAGGGGAGAUCCUUCUCCAGCCUGGAGAGCUCACUGGACCGGAGUAAUUCUGUGUCCUGGUAUGGUGAAGAAUCCUACAUCCAGAGAAUGACGCCAGGGGCUAAGUGCUUCGCAGUCCGCUCUCUGGGCUGGGUGGAAGUACCUGAAGAGGAUCUGGUACCAGGGAAGAGCAGUAUUGCAGUCAAUAACUGCAUCCAGCAGCUGGCCCAGACUCGUAGCCAGAGCCAGCCCCCGGAUGGUACCUGGGGCGAGGGCCAGAACAUGCUUAUGUUAAGAGUUCAAGAUUCUGUGAAAUUAAUUAAUUGUUUGUUUUAA